AGCAGCCAGCUUUGCUUUGUUUUUAUUUUUGUUUCAGUAGAAACACACUUCCCACAAUAACUUUUGAAACUUACACGUGGCACAGACGGGGAUCAGUUCCAGUUGAUAUGAGCCUGGAAGAAGAGAGGGAGGAAAUAACUUAAUUGCUUUAGACUUCAGUUCAGCUGGAGUCGAGAGGAAAGAAUCGGUGUGGGGAUUUUUUUUUGGGGGGGUAAGGGGAGGAAUACAGCAAGAAGGUCGUGUUCUUGGUGAGGAGAGCUCCUCUGCGGAUUUUGUGAAGGUACUGUACAGCAUGCUGCAGGGCAUUCACAAAACAGGUGGCUUUAUAUUAAAAAAGAUACAACGCAAAACCUAACUCUGCUGCCAGUGAUAAACAGCUGUAUUGCUUUCUUGGAAGUAUUGCUGCACUUAGAGCAUGCUGUGUUAUAAACAGUAUGUUCCUCUCUUUUUUACCAAGAGGGGAAAAAUAGGAAACGUGAGACUUUGGGCUAAAUGUGACCGGAGAGGUUUGAGGGGGUGGGGGAUAGUUUUUUGGUGUUUAGUGCUGUAAUAUGGGGCUUACAAAAUAUAGAAGAGACUGAGUAGAUGGGGUGUUAAUGUCAAAUGUUGUGACUUUGCCUGUAAGGCAUUUGUCAUUUCACAGCCUAUCUAUCCCUGGUCCCUAAAGAUCAGUUAAUGUGUUAAAAAAAAAAAAGGGGGGGGGGAGUUAAAGGGGAAAAAGAUGAAAUACAGGAAAAACUGUUGAUCUCUCUGUUCCUGGCUAAUCUGAAACAGGCCCCCAGGGAAUGGGAGGACAUUCCCACCUGGAAUUCAGAUUUUGUGUGGAAUGCAGCUAAAAUGAAAGAUCUAGUAUCAGAUAGUGAGGCUCCAGUGUCCUGCAGUGAAAUGCUAAAGCACACACCGCCUCUGCGUCUGUCAAUUCCAGCAUGCUUGCUUUUGGCACCUCUCAAAGAUCUCGCAAACUGUGUUGACAAAAAGCAAUGAGAGAUUGCUUCUUGCCCAGGUCUUUAUAUUCGGACUAUAGCUGCUUCCUCUUUCCUACUCACAUUUUCCCAUAUGGUGACUUUGGAAAAUUCCUCUCUGAUUUCGUUGGAAAGUGCAGGAAACUCGUUGGUAGAGGGUUGCCUAUUACUCUCUCUAAUUCUGCUGCUCACAUCUGGAAAGGAUCUGGCUUGGAAAGGGAAGACUUGCUCUGAGCUCAGUGCAUGUAACUGACAUGGCAUGAGCUGAGGGAGCCUGUGGGGGCAAGAGAAAUGUUCUUCUCCAUUCAUCUGAUCUCUGACAGCAAAGGUGAGUUUCUCAGCACUUUAUUUUUUUUUAAAAGCUGGAUUGUCAGACAUCAUCCAGCAGCCUGCCUUUCAGCUAUAGCUUUCAGAAUAGGUAUCAAAUGGGCGAUGCCGGCCGGCGGCCGGGCGCUGCUGGCGCUGGGGCUCCUGGCUCUGGGCUGCGCCGCCGCCGCCGCCGCCGACUUCCCCGAGGGCUCCCCCGAGCGGCGGCACCGCCCCCCGGCCCCGGCCCCCGGCUGCCCCCGGGACUGCGGCUGCACCCAGGAGGGCGUCGUGGACUGCGGCGGCAUCGACCUGAAGGAGUUCCCGCUGCUGCUGCCCGAGCUCACCAACCACCUCUCGCUGCAGAAUAACCAGAUAGAAGAAAUCUUUCCAGAAGAGCUUGCUCGUCUUCACAGACUAGAAACUCUCAAUUUGCAAAACAACAGGCUGACUUCAAAAGGGCUGCCAGAGGAAGCAUUUGAGCAUCUGGAGAACCUGAAUUACCUAUACCUGGCAAACAAUAAGCUAACAGUGGCUCCAAAAUUCCUCCCGAAUACCUUGAUCAGUGCAGAUUUUGCAGCCAAUUAUCUCACUAAGAUAUAUGGACUCACAUUUGGACAGAAACCAAACUUGAGAUCUGUGUAUCUUCAUAACAACAAACUUUCAGAUGCUGGGUUACCUGAUAGCAUGUUCAAUGGCUCUGAUAACGUGGAGAUACUCAUAAUGUCCAGCAAUUUCCUGAAAUAUGUUCCAAAGAAUCUCCCUCCAGCCUUAUACAAAUUGCAUUUAAAGAACAACAAGCUAGAGAAGAUUCCCAAAGGAGCCUUCAGUGAACUUACAGGCCUGCGGGAGCUGUAUUUACAGAAUAAUUACUUGACUAAUGAAGGAAUGGACAAUGAAACUUUCUGGAAACUGUCUAGUCUUGAAUAUCUGGAUUUGUCCAGCAAUAAUCUCUCACAAAUCCCAAGUGGUUUACCUCGAAACAUCGUCCUCCUUCACCUGGAAAAGAAUGCAAUUAAGGUGAUUGGCAGAGAUGUCUUGACCCAAAUUAAGAACCUUGAGUACCUUCUGCUCCACAAUAACAAAUUAAAAGCCCGAGGUAUUCACCCACUAGCCUUCCAGGGCUUAAAGAAACUGCACACUGUCCACCUGUACAACAACAUGCUGGAACGGAUUCCCAGUGGUCUGCCCCGACGAGUGAAAACACUUAUGAUCCUUCAUAACCAGAUCUCUGAGAUUAACAGGAAUGACUUCGCUACCACUUACUUCCUUGAAGAGCUGAACCUGAGCUACAAUAAGCUCAAAAGCCCCCAGAUCCAUCGGGAGGCCUUCCGUAAAUUGAGGCAACUAAAGUCCUUGGAUCUUUCUGGAAAUCAUCUCAACACAGUGCCUUUUGGCUUCCCAAAGAACUUGCAGAUUCUGAAACUGAAGGAAAAUGAGAUAAGCAUCAUCCCCAAAGGGACUUUGUCUGGGAUGACAAAACUGCGGGAACUGUAUUUGAGCAACAAUAAACUGAAAGUCAAUUCCAUUUAUUCAAGAGCAUGGAGAGAACUCAGCAGUCUCCAGUCACUAGACAUGGCUGGCAACCAGCUGCUUUCUAUCCCAUCAGGCCUGCCAGAAUCUCUAGAAUAUUUGUACCUUCAGAACAACAAGAUCACAACCAUUUCAGAGAAUGCUUUUGAAUCCACACCCAAAAUAAAGGGAAUUUACCUCAGGUUUAAUAAGAUUGCAGUUGGAGCACUGAAGGAGAGUCUCUUCCAAAGCCUAAAGUACUUACAAGUACUGGAUAUUGAAGGCAACCUUGAAUUCAGCAACACUUCAAAGAAUAAGGAUGACUCAGAAGAGGAAAUGGAAGAUGAGGAAGAGGAAGAAAACUGAGAUAAAAUGUGAACUCACACAAGAACAUCAUGUUGGAGGAAAGCAUAUGGAAAAUUACAUAUAUGUCUAUGUGUAUAUAUCUAUAUAGAUAUAUAGAGAACACUUAGCAAAACGUGCAAUGAAUUACGCAGAAACUGUUAUGGCACUGGGCCAGGCUUAUGGAAGACAGUGUGUUACAGUGCCUUAUUCAGGGAGAGACCCUGAAUGCCUUUCCAAAGCUUCCAAAUCACCUUAUACAAGACCCAGGAUCAUAAGGGAUUGCUCUGGAACUCACAAAAGCUGGCUUUUGUUUCUUCUGUUUUUCUUCCUUCACUGUUUCCAUCUGUAAUAACAAUAUGGGACUGUUUUGAACACAUGCCUUCAAAUGCUGUUUUUGUCACCGCAUUUUAAGUGAACCAUGUAUAUGCUUCUUUUCUUUUCUGCCACCCCAAAGAAGCUGUUGUUGAUCAGGCAAGAUGAAUAUUUGCAGUAGUUUAAUGUGUGGAGCAGUAUAUGAGGCAUUUGGGUCAUCAAGCAGCAGUAAUAUGUCUGGAUUAAACUAUUCCUCUGUUAGAACAAUGUGUAUAUUUGGAUGAGAAAAACAAAUUAAGGCUGGAUCCCAAAAUAUUUUAUCUCUACUGCCAAAGCCUGCAGUAUAUGCCUGUUUUAGAAAGGUUUUAAAAUAAAACAAUUGCUCUUGUGAAUAUAUAUAAAAAAAGCUAUGUCUACCUUCCAGAGGUUUGGU